GUGGAGUGUCUUCUGGAUCCGUUGUAAGUUUGGAUGAGACCAACCAUGGCGCCCAAUCAGGGUUCCAGGAUGCUCAGUAAAGAUGACGCGAAUUAUAAACUUCACUUUCGGAUGAUAAACGAGCAACAGGUGGAGGAUAUCACCAUCGAUUUCUUCUACAAACCGCAUACCAUUACUUUACUGACGCUCACCGUUGUCAGCAUAAUGUACUUUGCGUUUACGAGGGAUGAUGGUGAUUCUGAUAAUAACCUGCGUGUGGGUCUGCUGCUGGUUGGCUCCUUCUUUCUUGUUAUCAGUGUUCUUGCCUUCCCCAACGGUCCUUUCACAAGACCUCAUCCUGUUAUAUGGCGCAUGGUUUUUGGUCUCAGUGUCCUUUACUUCCUCUUCCUGGUGUUCCUCAUCUUCCUGAAUUGGGAUCAAGUGAAGGUGCUGUUGUAUUGGCUGGACCCCAAUCUACGUUACGCCACACGAGAAGCAGAUGUCAUGGAGUAUGCCAUAAACUGUCACGUGAUUACAUGGGAACGCAUCCGGAGUCAUUUUGACAUUUUUGCCUUUGGUCAUUUCUGGGGCUGGGCAAUGAAAGCUCUACUCAUCCGCAGCUACGGCCUCUGCUGGACCAUCAGCAUCACAUGGGAGCUCACAGAGUUGUUCUUCAUGCACCUCCUGCCAAACUUUGCAGAGUGCUGGUGGGAUCAAGUCAUUCUUGACAUCCUAUUGUGCAACGGAGGGGGCAUUUGGCUUGGCAUGACUGUGUGUCGCUUUUUAGAGAUGCGUACCUAUCACUGGGCCAGUAUCAAGGAUAUCCACACCACCACAGGCAAGCUGAAACGGGCUGUUUUGCAGUUCACUCCGGCCAGCUGGACGUAUGUGCGCUGGUUUGACCCCAAAUCCUCUUUUCAGAGGGUGGCUGGAAUCUACCUCUUCAUGAUAGUAUGGCAGCUCACAGAAUUGAACACAUUUUUCCUGAAGCAUAUCUUCGUAUUCCAGGCCUCUCAUCCUCUCAGCUGGUGCCGGAUCCUCUUCAUUGGGAUCAUCACUGCCCCCACAGUUCGGCAAUACUAUGCAUAUCUAACAGACACCCAGUGCAAAAGAGUAGGAACACAGUGUUGGGUGUUUGGGGCCAUUGCUUUCCUGGAAGCUCUGGCUUGUAUCAAAUUUGGACAAGACUUGUUCUCUAAAACACAGGUUCUUUAUGUUGUCCUUUGGCUUUUGUGUUUGGCUUUUAUUACUUUACUCUGUCUGUAUGGAAUGAUUUGGUACGAGCAGAAUUAUGGGAGGAGACUGAAGAACAUUGCAGACUGUGACGACAGCACCAUUAUUGACACGUAUGACAACAUUCUUGAAACUUCCAAAGCAGAGAAGAACUCCAGUAGUAAUUCCACUUCAUCAAGGAGAAGAAAAGGAGGCUCUGGAAAAAACAAAACAAUCAAUGGAACAAGCGGCAAGAAGUGACCACAGCUAGAUUCAGUGGACCACAAGGGGUUAAAGAAAGAAUAUGUCAUAAGCGGAUGAAUAGAGGUUAAGUGGUUAGCUGGGUUAUAGUGUGCAGACACAAGAAACUGUUCUAUAAACAAGAGGACACAUUCCAAACCACAAGCCUCUGUCUUCACUAUAUACACUAGUUUUUAUUUUCAUAGCACUUGGAAGGAAAUUAUGAUUUGUGGUAUGCCAGGAUUAUGGGAAAUGACACAAUGCACACUUUCCAGUAGCACUGAUGUGGCUCUCAUAUUUAAAAAUGUUGGAAGUGUCUGAGCCGGCGAAUGUUUGCGAUGGCCCUCGUAAUGAAAUGAGCUCAAUGCUGCCAGGCUUUCUGUAAAACAUGAAGGGAGCGUUAUUGAGCUCUGAUGAUUUCAUACAACCAGUAUUGUUAAUACAGACCAAGCCCUGUCUUAAAUUUUGCACAUUUUACUUUAAUCAGUGAAUGUUUUGUUGACACAUAAGCAUUUAUCAGGGUAAGAAAUUGAACGCAUCAUUUCAUUGUGAGCUUAAAAGCAAGCUCUACUUGUUAUAAUGUAGUAUGAUCUUGGCACAGCUGUUCCAUUAUCACAACAUUUACAGUUUUUCAGUCUUCUAUUUGCUCUUUUAAAUUAACACUUCAGGGUUGUUGAUGGAGAGGCCUUUUGCAUUAAGAGCUGUUGAUUUACUUAAAUGUAAUCUGAUUCAGCUUUUUUGGCAUCAUGUAAAGGUGGUUUAGAAAUUAUGACAUGGUGUUGUGUCAGAAUGUGUUGUCAUUUUUUCUAUACUUUUAUAGUUAUUGCUUUGUAUUUUAACUUUUGUGGAAAGAUUAAAUCUGUGUAUGUGGGCAUGUACAUACAUUUCUGUGUGAGACCUUCAAAUGACUAUGCAUUUGUACAUCCAGAUUUUUUAAAUAGCUGUAAUUUUUGAAAAACCUACAUUUAAGAUUUUUUUGCUGGUUUUUUAGGCAGGAAUGCUUUUUUUUCAUGGGUUAUUAAUACUAAAUCGUAGCCUAUGCCUGUAUUACUACCUUUUUUUUUUUUGCUUUUGCUUUAUUUAAUUCUGUUUUCAUGGACCAAAUUGUUGAGCAAUACCCAAGCUGUUAGUUAUGGUAUACAGACCCUAAAACAUCAACAUCUAAAAAUAACUGUUAACAUUUUAGUUAUGAAUUUUGUAUGCUUCUGCAGUUUUGGAAGGUGACCAAGAGUCUGCAUAAAAUGUGAAGUCAAACUAGAAUCCACCACAGCAGUGUUCUCAUAUCUAAUUAUUUAAUUAUUUGUGAUAAUCAGGAGCAAUGAGGCAUGACCAUUUUGUUUGAGAUUUAUGAAUGAAUGGUUCAACUUUCCAUGGAUAUGAACCUCCUCAAGGAGGUGUUAUUUUCACUUUCUUAACACAUAUACUAACAUUUCAAAUAAAAUACUGAAUUGAA